AACUUGGCCAGUGGGAUACCUGCAGUUUGAGGCAUUGCCUGCAGCAGCCUGCUGUGACUCAGUUUGUGCUAAUAGCUUGGAAGCUUUGUUUAACUGCAGUCAUGGCAAAAAGCUUGGAUCCAAACUCUUUUCUGGUUCUGGAGAACUACAUUGGAGGAAAGUUUGUCUCUUGCCAGAGUCACAUCGACUCCUACGAUCCAUCCACUGGGGAAGUCUACUGCAAAGUACCAGACAGCGGCAAGAAGGAGGUGGAUGCAGCUGUGACAGCAGCGAAAGAGGCUUUUCCCAACUGGUCAGCCCGCAGCCCACAGGAGCGAGCAGAAAUCCUCAACAAGCUGGCUGAUCUGAUUGAAGCCAACCUGGAAGAGUUUGUCCAAGCUGAAUCCAGAGACCAAGGUAAGACUGUGACAUUCGCUCGGAAUGUGGACAUUCCUCGAUCUGCCUACAACUUCCGCUUUUUUGCAUCUUCUGUGUUGCACCAUACCACCGACUGCAGCCAGAUGGACCACAUGGGCUGCCUGAAUUACACUGUCCGCUGUCCAGUGGGAGUGGCUGGUUUGAUCAGUCCCUGGAACCUACCCCUGUACCUGCUGACAUGGAAGAUUGCACCUGCAAUCGCUUCAGGCAACACGGUGGUGGCUAAACCCAGUGAGAUGACUUCUGUGACUGCAUGGAUGAUGUGCAAGUUGAUGCAGCAAGCUGGUGUUCCCCCAGGUGUAGUGAACAUUGUGUUUGGUACUGGUCCAAAAGCAGGCGAUGCCCUUGUCGGCCAUCCUGACGUCCCUUUGGUCUCCUUCACCGGCUCCACAGCAACUGCCCGGCACAUCACAGAGCGGAGCGCCCCCUACUGUAAGAAGCUCUCACUGGAGCUGGGGGGUAAAAACCCAGCCAUUAUAUUUGCUGAUGCAGACAUACAUCAAUGCAUAGAAACCACCAUUCGCUCCAGCUUUUCCAAUCAGGGAGAAAUCUGCUUGUGUACCAGUAGGAUUUACGUAGAGAGGAGUAUUUACUCUGAGUUCCUGGAAAAGUUUGUGGCUGCAGCUAGGAAGUGGAAGACUGGUGCUCCCUCUGAUCCCAGCAACAACAAUGGAGCACUCAUCAGUAAAGAGCAUCUGGAGAAGGUUCGCAGCUUUGUAGCACUUGCCAAAUCAGAAGGUGGCAUAAUCCACUGUGGAGAGGGAGUUGACCAGCUGGACCUCCCUGAGCGCAACAAGUCUGGCUACUUCAUGCCAGCCACAGUCAUCUCAGGCAUAUCUGACAGCUCACGGGUCAUGCAAGAGGAAAUCUUCGGUCCAGUCACCUGUGUCAGCCCCUUUGACACAGAGGAUGAAGCUGUUUCCAAGGGCAACGGUGUGCGUUAUGGUCUGGCGGCCUCCGUGUGGUCCAGAGAUGUGGGGAGGGUUCACCGAGUGGCCAAACGGUUACAAGCUGGAGUGGUUUGGACCAACUGCUGGUUGGUGAGGGAUUUGAAUCUGCCAUUUGGAGGAAUGAAAAACUCUGGUGUGGGGAGGGAGGGAGGAAAGGAUUCCUAUCACUUCUUUACAGAGGUGAAGAGCAUAACCAUCAAACACUAACCGUGUAAAGAUAUAGUGCUGGCAAGGUUAUUAUCCUUUAGAAGGAAUGUACGCAGAUGUGGGAGGAUGUUUGUUCUCUAAAUUAAAAUGAUUCAGCCGGUCAGCCACUUUUGUGUAUUACAACAUCAAAUUUCUCCUUACAUCCUCCCCUAUUGUGAUAGUUGUAUUAGUAAAAAAUACACAAGUCAUACUGUAACUUCACAAAUAUGUCAAUUAACAGGGAAAUAAUAAAGAGGCGUUAUAAGAAA